AUGCGAUGUAAAUGGUCAGUUGAAUAUGAUACUAUACCAAUGAGAGAGCGCAGGAUGCGCAGCGGUCCACCUCGAUUGAAAUUUUGCCUGUUUGAUUAUCGAGAAUUCAUUUCUAGUAUAGAGCAAAGGAUUUCGAAGGAAAGGAUAAGAGAGAAGCCUACAGGCGCUACCAUGUACUUACUUGGCCAUUAA